AUGUUUCUGCCAGCACUGCUGAAGGGCUCGUUCCUCGGCUUCUGGUACCGAGAUCUCAGCCUAUCGCAUCCCCGGGAGCUAGGAGAGCGAGAGAGAGAGAGCAAGAGAGUGAGAGGAGGGGGUGGGGGGAGGAAAACGAACACGACAAGCGCUAAGGGCGUCGCCAGGGACGGAGACGUCGCCCCCGCAGCCGCCGGAUCGAUGGCGCCGCCCCCGCCGCCCCCGCCGCCCCCGCCGCCCCCGCCGUGCCGCAGAGCUCCUACCGCCGCCGCCGCCGCCGCCACCCGCGUCGCCGGCAGCAGUGUCAGGGGUGGCCACCCUGUCGGACAGCAGACAGCAGACAGAGCGGCCUCGGAGGCGGCGGUCCGCCGGCCCGCUGGCUGUGGUCGGGCGCUUGGCGGGCCGCCCGACCGCAGCGGGCUGUUGCGUUAUUUACGCCAAACUGCGGCCGGCCGCGCCUGGCCGCGUGCAUUACGGAGCGCCGCGCGAGCUGAGUCGGCAGCUAAUCGUCUCCGGCACGCCGCCAGCCGGCCUGAAUAA